GAAUUGACUCAGCCCCUCUAAUUUUUGUAAUUUCUAACUGGUGUUCUUUUAUGAAGAGUAUGAUGUCCUUACUCUUGAUGACGUGCAAUCUCUUUGUUGAGAUCAGAAGUAACAGAGCUUCCCCAACUUGCAUGUAAUUUGCUUAUUGAUCGGGAUGUCACCUCAGUGUAAAAGACACUAUUGUGUGGCGUAUUACUUUCAAUUACAUGUACUGCCCUCCAUGGCUGUUCGUUUGUUUACAUUGUAAAGGGGGCUGUUCUGUACUUAACUCUCAGCUCCCGUUAAUUGUUUCAAGCAGCCUUAGACUGGACAUAACGAGGACGGGCAGUUGCCUUUCAGUUUAUGAGAUUUCAUUAGUCCCUCUGCACUUUGACUUUUGCCUCGUAGUUUGCUUGGCUUGGCACACCAUGCAGUGGGCCCUUACACACCAUGCAGUUCUGCACAUAUGCCAACUGUGUGUUGGUGUACAUAUUCAAUGAAGCUUAGAGUUCAUCAAGGCAAAAAUUUCCUUGAUGUGCAUGGCAGCAUGGGACAGCUACAUGUAGAGUUGUGGAAACUUUGCAGUCCCUUUUCCACAUUUACUGCCAACAGUCACAUCAUGAUUCCCUGUUCUUUUGUGGUCAAACUGGCAGGUACUGGUAUGAUACUUACAUACAUUAUUACCACACACUGUACUGUUGCACUCACUACUUUCAGGGUGUGCAUGUACAAAUCUGAAACGUAAACUUGCAUAUUUAAUAUACACAUGUGUGCACUGAGGCAUAAAGCUCUAAAGUUAGAAACCAGUUGCCGCAAAAUGUGCACAACAUGCGGUAGUCAUAUUGAGGGCAGCCAGCAUUGCAGCUACACUGUGUAUACUGAUAUGUGUUGAGCGGAUGUUGGUAUAAGUUGCCUCUGAAAAGUUUGGUUUCCCUUCGUAUUUCAACCUAAUUCUUACAGUAGAGGAAGUCCAACAUAUUCUUCUUUGAUGGGUAGCUGUUUGAAACGGCUUUGCUGAGAGAGUGGGCUAGUCCGUAGGGGAAGAGUUGGUGUUGGACAGCUUGUCAGCAUGGGCUAUGUCAAUGUGUACACCAUGGGGGGCCUGGUGGCCUUUUUGGCCAUCUCCUACCAGCUGGGCUUUGUCCAGGUCAGCAACCUGACUUCGGUGCUGGUGUACCUGGGAGUUACGGUGGUGGGGUUCCUGAUGGGGUUCAUCAUGGUGAUGUUCUCGGGCAAGAAGCGGAAGACAUCCGUGCUGGCCAGCCCCUCGCCUGCUGCCAACAUCCUGGUGACAAAAGUCAUGGAAGUGUUAUCACGCAGGCAGCGUAGGCCAAGGGGAACGGUAAUCUCACGUAACCUGGACAAAGCAGUCAAGGAGGUUUUUGACAUGGUCGUGAAGGAUUUUGUGAUGAGUUGGUACAGCAAUCUGGGGCAGGAUACCAGCGAGUUCACAGCUGCUCUAGAAGAGGACAUGUGGGAGUUUUUGGAAAACCUUUCAAAAAGAUUAAAGAAUAUAGAUGAGGUACGGUUCUUCACAAGCGAUGUUGUUUAUAAAUUCUGUGAUCACUUUGCUGAGCUGAGAGAGACCACUGUCAAAGAUGCCCCCAACCCCAAGCCUUUCCUCCUCCACCCUUGCCUGAUCAACGAGGAGGCCGAGAGGGAGUUCCUGAGGGAGACAGUGGAGGUGAUGCUGGUCCUCAUGCUGCCGGCCGGCAUCGCUAACUCAGACACCGCCCGCCACCUGCUACGAGAGAUCAUCACCUGCGGAGCUCUGAAACCUGUGGUGGACCUGGUCUGUGACCCGUACUUUGUCAACAGCAUGCUGGUGUCGUUCUUGGAGCAUCGUCAGACACUGGCCGAGAACCACAAGCGCAAGUACGCUUACGCUGCAUCCUAUGAGGAAUUCAUCAAACUGAUCAACAUGUGCAGUGACAUACAGGAACUGCAGCAGAUCAGGUACCACAUCAUCACUGAAAUAAUGCAUGCCACCAUGAUCCAAGACUUGAAGAAGGCUAGGGGUCCAGAGGCAGACAAGUCGGCCAAGAGCAGCGGCAAGGCCAACCUGCUCCGAGUCCGCAACCUCAAGAGAUACAUCAACCAGUGCAAAGUUGCCAAAGUCCAGUGCGAGCGACGCCUGGCUCUCCUUGGGGGACCGGAGUACCAGGCAUACAGUCACUCCACACACUCUAAACCGCUGCACGAUCUGAGGCCACAGAGGGUGCUGACGCUGGACGAGAUCCUGUCGGACAAGGUGGCUAGAGCCUACCUGACCAACUUCCUGAAGAAGGAAGGCAAAGAUGACUUGCUCAACUUUUGGUUGGCAGUGGAGCAAAUGAGGGAGAGUAAGAAGCCCAAGGACCAGCACAUGUAUGCCAAUGAGAUAUACCAGACCUACCUGGCUACAGCCAGUGCAGUAAAGGUGGACAGAGGUCACAUCAAGGGCAUGACUGACUUCCUGGCAGCCAACAGGGGUCCAGAGUCAUUCCACAGUGCCCAGCACCAAAUCUACCAGGAGCUGGAUGAGACCUACUACCCUUCCUUCCUGGUAAGUGACAGCUACACCAAGCUGAUGGCAGCGCUGGGCGAUCCCAACGAGAAGGGAACCGGGGAAGAUCUCAGCCCGGAAGUCCUGGAAAAGAAGGGAUUCAACACAAAGGUGAAGCCCCCUCAAGAGGAACUACAGACGGCCGAGACCAGCUUCGCAGAGCAGACCAUGUCAGUCAUGACCAAACUCCAGCAAGUGGAGGAGAGACUGAGCAACAAGCUGCAGGCGCUGAGUAACCUCAAGAGCGCUCACAGUGCUGACUCAAAGAUGCAGCAAAUGCUGGAAAAAGAAACUGAGCAACUCAAACUGGAGAAGAGUACCUUGGAGACCUACAUCGAGAGGACAGACCUGUGGAGUGAUCACAUUGGCAAGUGGCGAGCAGAUAUAUGCGCAGCACAGAUCUUGGAGGAAAGUGACAAGGUGGUCCCUUAUUAUGUGAUAGUGGUACAUCCCACUGACCCGGCCAUAUCAAUACCAGGAUGGGUAAUCUCACGUCGCUUGGGGGAUUUUCAUGCCCUGCAGCAUAGAUUAAAAGAGUGCAGUAAAUGGGUUGGUAAGAUGGAACUGCCACAAUUCAGCAGGAGACCCUUCAAGAUGAUUCAGCACCAGGACUUCUUGAACAGCUCCCAAGAUAUGCUGCAGAAAUAUCUUUCGUCGGUACUCCAAGAUGAAACACUUAGACACAGUGAGGUUUUAUACACCUUCCUGGUACCCACUCCUGAGUGCUUGAAAGCAACAGUCAAAGAAGAGAAGAAAGAGAAGAAGAGCAUGUUCUCCAUCGCGGGCAUCUUCAAGUCGACGGCCGGGGACCAGGAUGAGGAGCGAGGCGGGGAGGAGGCAGAGGGAGAGGAGGAGAGUAGUACUCAAGACAGAUGGGACUCCACAGCCGAGCCCAUUUAUGCUUUGAUCAGCGAGAUCUUUGAGCUGCGUGGGAUGUUCAAAUGGCUACGCAAGAAACUCAUAUUCUUUGUGCAGUCAACUUUUGGUGGCACCAUCAACAAGCAGUUGAGAGAGACCGUGGAGUGGAUUGUGUCAGAACCAAUGAUCAUCUACUACAUACGCACUCUUCAAGAGACCAUCUGGCCCAAGGGCAAGCUGGCACCUGCCCAGCCGUUGCCCAGCAAGGAGGAAUGCGACAAGAUGAAGAAGAAAGCCCGGGAAAAAUUCCUACAGUAUGUCCCAGAUUUUCUGCAGUCCCUCCUCGGGAAGACCAACAGCCGUCUGGGUGCCAUCAAGGUGUUUGAAGCCUUCCAAGACACAAGAACAAACAAGCAUCUGUUGUAUAAUCUCAUUGAGUUGCUGCUGAUUGAGGUCUGCCCGGAGCUAAAAGACCCAAGGCUACUUGAGCAUCUGGAGGAGGAAGAGAGAAAACUCCAAGAGAAGAAGAUGAAAGAAGGGGAGGCAGUUGCCAAGCAACAGAGGGAGGAGGAUAAUGAGGAGGAAGAAGAUGAAAAGACCGACAAAUUGCAGGAGGCAGGGACAAGAAAUGAAAAAGACCGGGAGGAAGAGAGGGGAAUCAUGGGGGAUGAGGUUGAAGAGGAUGAAGAUGAUGUGGCUGAUGGGGAUGAUAAUGAUGAGAAUGACAAUGAUGAUGAUAAUGGAGCCACAGAUGAUGGCAGGGAAGAUGACUUGGACGACAUUGGAGUGAAUCCACAAGAGGACGGUAGCCCAGGUGGUACUAGGACUGAAGCGGUUGGCCAGGAAACGCUGACAGUGGAAGACUUGGGUACCAGAGAUGAUGACAUUGAUGGAGUAGACCAGUAACAUGUGCAGCGGAAAUAUAUGAUUAAUUUUACUGAAUCAACAAACAAAUAAAUCCAAUAUCGAGAGUGGCAUAUUCAGAUGAUAACCAGGUUGCCAUGUAGUGACAGGUAUUUGCCAAAGUGUUUAUGCAAUUCUUUCAUAUGCAUGUAAUGCAUUCUUCUGACUAUGCACACUGACUUUUGAGGAGACACUGAAUUGUACUUGUAGUUUUGUAAUAGUGCUGAUACAGAGGCUGUAGAUGCAUGAAUUGGGAUAGUCAGGUUUGAAGUUACCUCGUUGCUUUCCUUCGCAUGUCACAACUCUGUUGCCAAUUCCAGGUGCGUUUGUUGAUUGCUUAAGUGGCCAAGAAGCCUGCUCUAGUUUGCAGAAGGUUGUGGGUUCGAGUCCUGGUUGAAUAAACCUUUAAAGGCUUCCCUGUAAAGCUCUGGUUAAAGCCCUGAGCAUGGCGUGCUCAGAACAUUGUGCUGGUGGUGGGCAAAAUCUUGGGUUGAAGUGCUGCGCAAGUCUGUUAGCUUGUCUUCUGAACCUAUUGCUUGCUUAACCUACCUUAGAGGACUGGUGAUAUCAUUUGCAAUUUAGUUUUUGUGGAUUGAUUCUGUGGAUCUUAAAAAACCAGUACAGUGUAGUUUACCACAGGUCAGGAUGCCCUAGCUUCAGAGGUGCAUUGCACACAUUACCUUAGGCCCUAUUGGAAUUCUUCCUGUACCAUUCCUUAGGUUUUUUUCUAAAUGUCUUGGAUGUAUCAAGGGCUUCUUGUUCUUAAGUCAAUGAGCACGGCCUGAGUUUUGAAAAUUGUGGAUAAGCUCAAAGAAUUUAUCACUAAUAAUUUAAUCACAUGUACCUGGUAGGGGCGAUUAUAACCACUGCUAAGCGAAUUAGACAACUUGCAGGAGCUUCAGAGGGAGGACUGGGGGGCAUGACACUCUCCUAGCUAGUGAUUGUUCUCAUCAUUAGUACAGCAGUCUUGUCAGCAAAUCAUGUGUCUGAAGGUUAGGGCUGUGACUGCAGAAGUCAUUGGCAUGAGGUCCCAGUCACUCCCCUCACAGCCUACUGCACACCGCAAUUGAGGGGUCAACCUGGGAAUGAGAACUCCUUGUCACACUUUUUCGCUUCACGGGGGUUGGGAAAACAUUUUCACACCUUUUCACACAAGUGGAAAAACAUUCUCACACCUUGUGAAAUGUGAAUUUAAUGAGGAACUCUUGUCACAUAACAUUCCUAUCCCAUUCACAAGUGUUAACUUUCAAUUACGCUGCACAGUAUGUUGGCAGGAAAAAACUUGCAUGAACAGCCCUAUCUGCACCGAGUAUGUCCAGUCAACCCCUGUGUCCACGUUGAAUAGUGCCCUCUGCUUGCAUAUAAUGUCAAAAGCCUAUCCUCUCUGCAUUGCUUUUCAAAUCUCCAGCAGGCGAUGAAGUUUUUAAGAGAAAAGUUCCUACAUGUACCUUUGUUACUGUACAUCUAGAUCCACCUGUUUGUUUAUUGCCCUCCAAAGGCCAGUAGGGCUCACAGGUCAGAAUGCUGCUUUAACCAGUCUAACUCAGAACCACCCAAAUAUUGAUGUAGCAAAGAGCUUGCUUGGUUAGUACUUUAUUUUGUUCUCUUCUUACUGCGUGUUUGUCCAUUGAAAUUUGUGGUGAAAGGCUGACUUUCUGUUUGUUUUUUCUUCUUAGUAAGAUAUUAGCAUCAUUCUUUCUUAACUGAGUUGAUAUUUAAAACUACCUACAAAACAGAAAAUUUCAAUCUAUAUUUUUGUAGGUUUUGUACAUUUGUAUCAACAGAUCCAGAGUGGGAACCAGUAUAUUUUGAAUCAUAUGACCUAUCUGGAGCAUUUGUAUAUACUUCUGGUGGCAACUGAAUAGAAUUUUUGUAAUUUAAUCCCAGAUUCUUUCUUCCAGCACUGUUGUACUUUUUGCGAAAGUUUUGUCAUGUUGAAUACUGUUUUGACAAGUGUUUAUGUGCAUCACCAUCAUUAAAUACAGUUGUACUAACUUUAAUGCGGUCAUUAACAGGAUGACCCCCAAUAAAUCUCAAAGCACAAAUCAAGUAGCCCCUGUGGUUUUGCGGUCAGAUGACAGAACCGACCAGAGCAAGGGCAGUGCAUGUAGACCUGCCCCAUGCCAUAAAGUAAGUGGUGACUCAAGUGAGUUAACCAAUGAAAACAUAGGUGCUUCUCAUUCAUAUGCAGUGGUUUUAUAAAUCUCCAAUAAUCAAUGCUGAUUGGUCAGUCUCAAAGCAACAUCAGUUUGAGAGGAUUCUAUGCAUAUGAUACUUUGUCCAUUCAUCGUGUGUGUUAUUUAGUUGCUCAUACCCCACCAGUAUUUGUCUCUUGGUCUGCCUAGAUACAAAACCCAUAGCUUUAGUCAAAUUUGGAAUCACCAUCCAAUUUGGUGUAUUGGUGUCGAAAAUUGAACCAACACAUGGAUUAUCUGCAGGUGUGCAAUGGUACGAUUUUUGGAAAUAAAAUUGAAACAUCAGUCCACGUUUCAUCAGU